AUGGGUGAUACAGUAAACGUCAGUUCGGAAGUCUACGGCAAAACGUUGAAGACGAAUCAAAUAUUUAGUGCGGGUUCUAAGAUUUCUAAGAGAAAUGGCGUAACUGGUAAAAAAAUCCUGCCAUACCUGAUGCGUCAGAAGAAGGAUAAGAUGAAAGAAAUGGAAACCCAAUUUUCUUCAGACUCUCAACCUCCGGUCCCAAGUCCACCGAGGAGUCGCCCAUUCCUGAAUGAACAAACUCUGUCCAUAAGCAAUAAUGAUCCAGAAAGUUUCCACUGUGUAAUGGGGCCGAUUUUAGUAAUGGCUCAAUUAUUUGGAAUUCUACCGGUUUCUGGAAUACUCAUGCCGAGUCCGUUGCAGAUAAAAUUCGUGAAAUUUUCAAUUCGUACUAUCUACUCCGCUUUCAUAAGCGGGAUGGUAUUAUUUAUGGCAAUAUUGUCGAUUAUUCACAUGAUAAAAAUUAUAAACUCCACAACUUUUGAAGUGCAAGGAGGCAUGGUAGCUGCUACGUCAGGCACGAUAUUUUAUGCGAACUGUGUGAUGGGCCUGAUCAUAUUUUUCUGGCUGUCGUCACGAUGGGUAACUCUCCAACGUGAUUGGAGAUCCAUGGAGCUGUUCAUAGACAGUAACAAGAUGGAACGACCAAAACUCCGUUGGAAACUCUACUUGAUAGCUAUUUCCAUUCUGUUUGUGGCUCUUAUUGAACAUAUCUUGAGUAUAUUAGUGCAUGUCAAAAAAUAUGACUGGAGCGGCAAAUCGGACAAUGCGACGUUUCCCAAUUUUUUGGAAAUUUAUUGUACGUCUUCUCACGCGUUUAUAUUGGAGAAUCUGAAAUAUAACUUGGCGCUUGGUAUUUUCAUUUUUAUCGUCAGCAAAUUGGCGACUUUUACGUGGAAUUUUACUGACGUUUUUAUAGCAAUGGUAGCUACCGGUUUGGCUGAAAGAUACAAAACAUUGAAUAAAUACGUGAUUAAUUCUAUAUCGAAACAUCGACCAAUAGACUGGUCUGGAUUGCGCGAAGAUUAUGCUACUCUUAGUUUCAUGGUAAAAAAAGUGGACGACGAUAUCUCACCUGUAAUUCUCUUGUCAUUUGUAAACAAUCUUUACUUCAUUUGUUUACAGUUACUCAAUGGAUUAUCAAAAUCGGAUGAAGGCAUAAUUGGUGAUAUAUAUUUCUUCGAAUCCUUCUUAUUUUUGAUCAGUAGAACGAUGAUCGUCACCCUGCUCACUGCUAGGAUUCAUGAUCAAAGUAAAGUAAUAUUGCCGAUUUUAUUUACUUGUUCAACAUCUACUUAUGACAAAGAGGUAAAUCAUUCGAAUUAUUUACUCAGCACUGAUAACAUCACGCUCACUGGAAUGCGUUUCUUUUCUAUUACACGAAAUUUUCUGUUGGCGGUGGCUGGUGCAAUUGUAACGUACGAAGUUGUGCUGCUACAAUUUAAUGUCGCAAUGAACAAAUAA